UCUACGCAUGUUUUGAUGACGUCAUUAAAAAAAACCAACUUUUUUAUAUCUGUUCGAAAAGACAGCCGUGAAUGAUUUUUCUCAUGUGACAUCAACGUUUAACCAAUGGCCGCUGGUUAGAGUGCUGCGAUUAGGUUCGUGUAACGCAAACAAAAAUCGAUGCAUGCCACUCCCGACUGAAAACGAGGCAAACGAAGAAAAGAGUCGUUUCCUACGUGGCUAAGCAUUGUCAACAUGGCCGCUGUCGACUCGCUGGUAAAUGGUAUUAGUAAUUUGCAAGUAAAUAGUUCACAUAUUGAUGGACACAAAAGUGAUGAUCGGACAGAUGAAUUUUCAUUGCAAUGGGGGUUCCCCCUUGAAGACCUGUACAAGAUUGCAUUGAAAUUUUUCAAAGAGAAAGAAGGAAAAGCCCUCCAGCUCACAUACAAAGACAAACUCCGCCUUGUGGCAUACACUAAACAAGUCCUCCAUGGAAAGUUUCGCAGUGAUGCAGUGCCAGAUGUAGGAUUUUUGGAUGUUGUUGGAAAUGAUCGAAGUACUGAUCCUGAAGAAUGGCAAGCAUGGCAGAUAUUGGGGAAUAUGCCCAAAGAGACUGCAAUGACAGAGUUUGUGGAGCAGUUAGAUGCUAUGUGUCCACUCUUUCGACCUUAUGUGCAGGCUCACAAGACAGAAAAGGAAGAAAAACUGCGGAAACAGCAAGAAGAGGAAGCGUUGCAUAGAAAGGAAGAAGAGGAGAAGCACAUGCUGGAGGCAGAAGAUGCAGCUCGCAAACAGCAAGAAGCUGAGAGACAACGUCAGCAUGAGCAAGAGUUGCAGAUAAGGGCAGCACUCAAUCAGCAGACUGCCCAUCAGUUCAGACAGUACUCUCAACAGCAGUAUCCAGGCAAUUCACAAAUGCAGGAGGAGCUCAUUCGUCAACUGCAGGAGCAGCACUACCAGCAGUACAUGCAACAGGUCUAUCAGCAGCAGCUCUUGCACCAACAACAGCAGUUUCAACAGCUUCAAAAUACUUAUAAAAACCAGGGAGCCUCUUCUAAUUCAGCACAGGGUUCAAAUGGUUCAUUUUGUCCAGCUACCAAUGGCUCAAGUGCUGGUGAUGGUGGUACUGAAGGACAAGGGGAUGAAGAUGGUGAAGUAGGCGAUAGUGCUGCAGGUGAAGAAGCCUCCCUGCCACCAAUGCCCAAAAUAGUGCCUGCCUCACUGUGGACACGUAAAGAUUUGAAGGAAUUUAAAAAUGGUCUACGCAAAAGUAAAGAGAAUGUCAUUUCAGUACCUUCUCUUGGAACAGCUACGGUCAGAGUACCAACACAUGAAGAUGGUACUUGCUUGUUUUGGGAGUUUGCAACUGACAGUUAUGACAUCGGCUUUGGUGUUUAUUUUGAAUGGACAAUAGCCCCCAGUAACACAGUCAGUGUCCACAUCAGUGAGUCUAGUGACGAGGAGGAACAGGAGGAGUCAGACGCAGGAGAGACUAAAGGAGAUGUUGAGAAGGGUGGAAAAUCUCAAGAAAAUAAACCACCUACAGAUGAGAUAAUUCCAGUCUACCGACGGGACUGUCAUGAAGAAGUUUACUGUGGAAGUCAUGUGUAUCCAGGCCGUGGUGUUUAUCUUCUAAAAUUUGAUAAUUCUUAUUCAUUAUGGCGCUCCAAAACUCUGUAUUAUCGUGUGUAUUAUUCUAGGUAGAUGAGUUUUGAAAUAGCAGUCAUAAAAAGCAGUAUCACAUUACAGGCAAAGAUAAGUGUUCUCUGUUUAGAUUUUGUGGUUGCUUUUACUUCCAAAAACUGCGUGUUGGUAUACAAUGGUUCCUGAAUAUUGCUCUUUAGCAAGACAUUCUCAAAAAAGCCUUCACUUGUUCCAAAAUGAAUUUGUAGCAUCCAAAAACGAUGAAACUGUAUGAGUUCAGGAGGCAGACUGGAAGUGUUUUGAGUGUUUUUGGAUUUCUAAAACAUUACUGGAUCGAAAGAAAAUACAGUGAAAGUUCCUUUCCCUGCAAUUUGUGCACAUGCUUGUGUGUGUGUGUGCGCACGCGCAUGUGCGCUCUUCAUUAAACUGGGGAUCUGGGUAGGCGGAAGUAAGGUUUAGGGAAAUAUGGUUUUUGGUAGGGUCAGCGUUGUUUUGAGGGUUUGGUUGGGCGAGAAUUAAGUACAGUGUGUGAGUUAAUUGAUUGAAAGGGACACAUGUUGGAUUGGUGUAUUCAGGACAUCAGCUAAUUUUUUUUUCUGCAUUAUGAGAAAGAAUGAUUAUUGUUUUGGAUUUUGCAUGUAGGGUAGUGGAGUCAGGCACAAACUGGGGCAUUGUUUGUGGUGGCAACGUUAGCAAGGGAAAAAAAGGUCAUUUUGUGGAAAUUUGUGUAUUUAAAAUGGGACUGCCAAUACAUGUUGAUUUUGGCUAGGAAAAAGUGGCUAAUGCCCAAAAAAACCCAAACAAUGCAUUUAGGAAGCUGGGGAGUGUGAGUUUUUGUUUUGUAAAGUUUAGGUGGGUGUUCCUACUUUCCAAAAAAUAUGAGAUGGGAAUUGGGAGCGGUAAUUUCAUGAUUUACAUAUAAAUGUGUUUUCACAUACAGAAAAGAGUCUAUGCUUGCUGAUUUUGAAUGAAUAUUGAAAUUUUCUUUAGGUACAUAUUUCAUAAGGAAUGCUUAAAUAUAGGAUAAAAUAAAUUGUAACCAUGUGUUUUUUAAUAUUAUUUUUAUUUACUAAAGGGAAUUGAUACAGCCAGAAUAUCAGUUACCCUUGUGGCUUAGGACUAGGUAACUGUGACAACUUUGUAGAAAUUAACUGAACAAGUGUUGAAAAAUCUGGGUGUGGGAGAAAUGCUUAAGUUUAGAAUGUGGCGUUCACAGCUUCAAAUAAUUUUAUAGAAGAGUGCUGCAGUUAGGAUUAAAUUUUCAUGAUCAUUGCAAUUUUUUUAAAUGUGCAGCUCUUUGGUAGUUUCUAUAAUUGAAAAUUUUGUGCAUACAAUCCUAAUGACCAUAUUAAAGAAUGAUUUGACCAGGGUUAAAAGUGUUCAUGUUUAGUACUAUUAAUAUUGUUUAUAAUGAUUUAUAUAAUCCCUAUUUGAAAGGUAUUUGGAGCUGAGUUUGUGGACUCAGUUUUGUUAGUAUUUUUGUGUAUGGGAAAGUAAGAGGGGAUGUGUCCGUAUGUGUACUUAAAACAUCCCACUUUAAUGAAAAACUUGCUGUUCUUUGUAAUUGUUGAUGUUCAUUAACACACUGCCCCUAGGGCCGCGGUUCUCAAACGUGCUUACAAGGGGGGCGCGAAGGUGGUAAUUUUUUAAAAGUUUCUUAUACCGGUAUUAGUGAAAUUAGCUUACAUUGCUGGCUAAGGGGGGUGCGCGGACGUACCUUUGUUCAUCAGGGGGGCGUCACAAGUAAAAGGUUGAGAACCGCUGCGGUAGGGUAUCGUUAAGACUGAUACUCAACCCAUGCAGACAGCAAGCCUUCAUCAUGUCUACUGAAAUGGACACCAAAGAUCAGAUAUUGCAUCUCAUGAUCAGUUAGUUGCAGGGGAGUGCUUAAGGGCAGGUGGCCAAAGUGUCUGCCUAGGGCCCCACACUUUUGAUUAAAACCGUGGCAAUUGUGGUCAAGGGCUCCAUACAUACCCUAUGCCUCAGGCCUUGCAGAGGCGAAGAACGAGCCUGGUUAGCUUAGUGACAACACUUUAAGGAUCUUACAAAUAAGAGUUUGGUGAAGCAUCAGUUCCUUGUUAAGAAUUAGUCCCUGCAUAGUUUUUAUUUAAUUAUAGGAAUACAAACAUGUCAUUUUUUUCAGAAACCUAACACUUUCUUUAAUAAUUUAUUUUAUGUUAUUUUUGUUUGUUUGUUUGUUUGGCGUUAUUUACAUCAGAGUGAUUUUAUGAGAGAAAAAUUGGAUACCAGUUAAGGACAGUUUAUGAAAAGGAUUGGCAGUCGGCAGGAUAGGAUGGCUUGAAGGAACCCGAGUACAGUGUAACAUUGAAUUUGGUACUUUGGAUUUUAAAAGUUUGGGGCUGAUUGCACAUUUCUAAAUUUAAACUCUACCAAUUUAGAAAUUAAAAAAAUCCUUUAAGUCAUUUAAAUCUGUUGCAUGAGCUUUCUUGCUUCAAAAAAAUCAAUAGAAAGAACAGUAGUUUCAGAAUCAGCUUCAGAGAAUAACUUAAGGUGCUUACAAGCAAACAAGACCCAUGAUGAAAUAAAAUGACAGCCAAUUGUUUUAGAGGUUUGGAUGUUGAACCAAUGUGGUCACAAUCAUUGAAGGGAUCAUAUUGACUAUUGAUGAUGGCACAUCUCAAGUCUACAGUUUACCCCCCCCCCCCAAAAAAAACAAAACAAAACACCAAAAACAAAAACAAAGCUAUUGCAGUUGGAUGUUUAUUCAUUUUCUCAGAAUUUUCAUUUGAAAAUUAUAUUUUAACAUAUAAUGUACUCAUUCUCAUUAGAUUACAGUUGAUAGGCUAGUAACAAAAUUUCUGCUUUUGAGAGAGUGGUCAAGUCAUUUAAUUGUGAGUUUGUCUCUUCAUAGUGGUUGAAUUGUCAUAUAGUUGAGUCAUGUGGUGAUUUGUUUACACACUGUGUUUGCCACAUCAGUCGCUUGUGCAUCUUUUUAGUUACACCGGUCUUGAAUUUCAUGAGUAAACCAUUCAUUAGUUCUGCUCCUGCUAUGUAGGAAAAGUUUUCCGUAAGCUGCUUUUUAAUGGAAGCCACCAUUUCUUUUUUAACAUUCUGAUGGGAAUGGGAUGAGAUGGAAGGUCUACUUCAAACAGUUUUAUUGUAAUUUUGAUUUGAGCUUAAACUGUUUGGAAAUUGUUUUGUACUGCUUGUAGGGCCUUUCUAUAAAACUGCUUAAAGAGGAUUUAAGACUGAAAACUAUUUAAAUUUAGAAAUACAUAACCGGCCUCAGAAAUUUAAAUAACAAGGGUUUGUACAAAGGCAUAGUACACAGCUUGUUCAUAUUGGAGGUUGUUAUUUUCCCAUUGUGUCAGAAAUACUUCUGAAGUGACUGGUCUUUGUUGCAGGAAUUCUUUUGUCCACAAAAGAUAUUAAAUCACUAAAUAGAAACUGGGUUUUUUUUUUUCAGAACUUGUCUGUUUGCAUUCCACUUUGUUUUGUUUGUUGUGAUGGAACUUAAGGCAAAUUGUGAGCAGAAUUGAGUGGCGAUUUCUGUUGUUGUGGGUGACGCUUUGUGUAAACCAGGAUUCAAAAGACUGCACUGUGAGUGCAACAAGAAAGGUAGUUUUAGUUUACAGGAGUGUAGUGUUUUUAUAGUUUGAUGUUGACACUGUUGGUGUUACGUGCAUUAUGGUGUUCUUAUUUGUGUUCUUUCCACAUUCAUACAGUUUAAAUGAAAAAAUUCAAGCACCAUUUUGAAUGUAUAUUUAGAACCAACGAGGGGAGAAAUUAGUAUUUCAUGUAAACCGCUUCAUAUUAUAAGUUGUGCAUUUGUUUUUUUAUCUGUUAGCAAGUUGUGUUUAUUUGAUUGCCAAACAUGAUUUUAAGUAAAUCAGGAAGAUGAGGAAGAUUUGCUCAAGUCAUUUUAGGUCAUUUUAGGUCUCUACACUGAUGUUCCCUUCAAGCAUGAUGUUGCUGAACAAUCAGGCAUGUACCAUUCAAUUCUAUCUUGUACCUCUCAUAGGUAAUGAAAAUUUUAAACACUGACUUUGUAUUCUUUUUCUGAUCUGUACUUGUGUUUGCCAUGGUCAUUGGCUUCUUUUUUGAAGAAAGUAGGUAAACAGGUAUUCUGGAUAUUCUUUAAAUGGAAACCUUUGUUAAAUCAUCUUCAGUGAUUAAUCUUUCAUUGUCGUUCAACUUGAUUGUGGCAAUCUUUCUUAAUAAUAGUCAUGCAGAAAUCAUGUCUUUUAGAAUAGAACAUAAUUGGUGGCAUGAACAUGUCUUAAAUAUUCACUCAUACCAGUUAAUACAUUCCUUAGUUUUUAGGAGCAUUUUAUUUCCAUUAUUUUUUAAAGUUCAAGGUAAUUGUGUAUAUGUUCAUUUUUUUAAUUGUCAGAAAGGUAAUUGGGGUUAUUUUUGACUAUUUUUAAAAUAAUUUAACACCAUAGGCAAUUUAGAGAAAGAUUAAAAAAUCUUAUUUAAAGAAAUUUAUUUUGGGUGCUCAAAAGAAAUAUUCUAUAAAUCCCCCUCAGUAUUGAAGCAAAUAGUGGCUUAUACCUAAUUUUGUCUUGGGUAACAGGACAUUUCAAGUACUUUACAUGUACAGUGCUAAAUGUUUUGUAAGCAGUGGAAAAAUAAUUGAUGUGUUUAAUAACCAUCAACUAUUGCCAAGAUAUUUGAUCUUGGAUGUCAAGAAGUUAAGGGGUGAGCGCAUGCUGCUUGUGUUUGGAUUAACAUUGCCUGUUGGAAUACAUUGGUUGCUUGGUGGCUUACAUAAUGUGGUAGGCCACCCGUCAAGAGCUUUGUGCUUUCAAAAUUAUUACAUAUAAUAAGUCCGUUUGUGUUGACAAAGAUGCAAGGGUCAGCAGUAGUGAUGACAUAAUUAUUUCUCAAAGCAUAUUUAUUUUGAAGGCUUUGUAGCAUUGACAUAUUAGUGUUCCACAUUGUUAUGCAAAGAAAAUUACAAAUGAGAGAUUAUAAGUGGAUGUGAUGUAUUUAGCUCAAGCAAGGCUAAUUUUAAAAACUUCAUCCUCAUUCUUUGAGUACAACAAUUUUUAAACAAGGUCUCAACAGUUGAACAAGAAUCGCAUUGCUAGUGCAGACUCCUUGAAGCAAAAUGUAUUUUGCACUUGAUUUUUUUUUUACUGGUCAUGUUAGUGUCAUACCGGUUUACCUCACUGUAACAGAGUGCCUAAUUCAGUGACUUGCUUGUUCUCUUUUUACUCUGUGCAUGUGCAUACACAUGUACAUGUGCACUUAAAUAUACAACAUUUUAUAGUAAUGAAAUCUGUGGCAAAUAUGACUUGCAUAUCUUAUCUGUGAAAACAUGCAUGGGGGUUUGGAGUUAAUUAAAUGUAUAUAGACAUCACUGCUUUGGUCGGCUAAACUUUCAGCUUUUUAUUACAAAAAUUAUGUGCACUACUACAAGAAAUGUACUUUGGCUGGCUUCAUUAAUUUGAGUAGUAUUUCUGGUAUGACUGUUUCAGACAAUAUUUUAGAUGGUUAAGGAUAAUUGAGUUGUACUAUAAUCAGUUUUUAAUUAAAGGUUGAUAUUUGGCUCUGUUGGAAAAUAAAUUCGAGAAAAGUUUUUUAUUUUUCUUUUUAAAAUCAAAAUAGAGUUGUAAAAUCUGAUGAAGACUGUUUGGAGUUCUCUUUUGGGGUGAGAUGUAUUUAGCACUGUGAUUGUUUAGUUCACCCAAAUCAUUAACAGUUAUUGCACUCUGGUAACCAUAUUCCUGGUUAUCAAAGGGUUCGAGUCAAAUUUUACAUUUAAAACUGUGCAUGUAUUUUUUUUAUUAUUUUUAAAAAGAAGGGAUAUAUGUUUUACCUUUUGUAUUAUGUUAGUAUCCUUGUUAACUUGCUGUCACUAAUUAUGAAUAUUACUAUGUACUUAGUUGUUAAUGGUGUACAGUGCUGGGUUGUCUAAGGUUCUGUCAUUUAUUUGCUGUAGUGCAAUAAUUAUUGAUAGAUGGAACAAAAGACGAUGAACUUUCUGCAUGGACAGCAUUGGUCAUGUCAAAAAUGAACUGGUGGAGAAGAAAAUUUUAUUGUGAUAGAUUGCUGUUAUUUGUACCCUUCAAAAGACACAUCAACUGGGAGACAAAAAUGACAAAACUUAUUGGAGAAAACCUUACACUAAAGAACAAGGAAUACGCCGGAACUUUGCGUUCCACUCCCUACCCAGAGCAGUCCAAAAGCGCAAUGGCUAGCGCCUGUCACCCAUAAAGAGAGUAUUGGCAGUGCUGGGUUCAGAUCUCAUCUCGGGCACUUUGUUGUUUUCUCUGAAUGUGGCAUCUGUUUAUAAGGCUGGCUGCUUUGCCGUGAUAUAGCCUUAGUUGCUGGCUCAGCGUAAACACCAACUUCCCCCACCUAGAGGUCAACUUUUGUUAUGAAAAAAUAAGGAGAAGGAAUACAUCAAGUGUUUGUCUGAACUGUUUGAACAGCAUGGCAUGUUUGCCACUAUUAUGGUUACCUGAUAUGUGAUGUUUGUGGGCUGUUACAUGUUGCCACACUUUUUGGAUUGUUAAUGGAUUUUUCUGCCAAGUGUUUGUAAACAUUUGCAAAGGUUAUUUUUCUGUGUGUUUGUGUGCAUGUAAUGCAUUAAUAUCGGUCUGUCAGUAGAGUCAGUGACAUGUACCAUCGUUUCUUCGUAAUAAAUAUGUUCACUGGUUUGCGAA